AUGGAUCAUGGGCUCUCUGGCCUCUUUGCGGCCGUUCCGGUACGGGGGGAUGGUCUUAGAGAAGUUAACAAUGGUAUAAGCAGGACUAACGGAGGCUAUAACUUUGAAAAACGUUCCGGUACUGCUUUCAGACGGUUUAGAAGAGAAAUCAAAACCAGAUACCGGAAAUUCCAGCUAUUAUCCCAGAUACAACACAGAAAAUGGACCUGGAAAUUACUGAAGUGCUUGACGGAGAUGAGGUACGGCACGAGGUAGGGCUCUAUGGGAAGAAACUGCGAGGAGAAUGAAAAGAGAAGCAACACGGCCAGCAGUUUCUUCGACCGAUGCGAACCACCAUCGCGGUCACGACCAACGAACGGCAGCAGAAACAUAAGCCCACUCUUCCAACCCUCCUCCAUCACAGGGGGCCUCCGCAGACACCCCAGGCGGGGGGGCUGCACCAGCAGAGCCCCCCGCUUCCUCCACCCUGCGCCGGUAAUCUCCUCCUCUUCCGUAUCCGGCGGUGAUCUUCGUCGGAAUUCGUUGGCCGAUGGUCGACCGAUGUACCCAUGUGUGUGUGUGAGAGAGAGAGAGACAGAGUAGCAAAUACAUAUUACCGGGAAGUAAUAUGCAUAAAUUUAUAUAGUAAUGAUAAAUCUAAGAAUCAUACUUUUAUAAUUAAUUAAUGUUAGGUGGAAAGUAUAAAAUUAUCUGAUAAAGGAAAAUUAAAUAUCAAUUUAUAUGGAUUUUUCAAUGAGAUCAUUUAAAAUUUAUGCGGGAAACUAGUCUUAAUAUUUAUUUAAAUAAAUACAAUUACUAUCACAUCACGAUAAUGGCUCAUUGAUAAACAUGAUUGAAGGUAUUUCAGGGGUAGGAAGAAAAUGCGUAAUAUGCCUGAAAAUGGGAACAAUAAGCCGAGUAGGGUAUUGGGCCUGGGCAGGCGGGCUUCCAGGGGGCGCCCAGCCCGUUAACUACAUACAAUUCAGAGCGAUUGUGAAUCAAUCCCUCGUUACUCUUUUUGGUGCGCUCCCCCUCCCCCUUCUUCCGGCGCUCGCCUCUCUCGCUCUCUCAGUCCCGCCGCUGCUGGCGUAGGGGGAAGAAAAGAUCGGCACCGGCGAGGGUGCGGGCUCUUCCGACGGCUGUCACCUGGAAGAGGUUUCCAUUUCUCCCCGUGUUCUUCGGGCCUGUGCCGCGUUGCUUCGCUGCCACUCCCGGGAUCGAACAUGCUAGGGUUUUCUGUUUCUAUUCCGAAGUUUUCCGUCUACAUCCGUCCUAGGGGUUCUUUGAUUUUAACCGAUGCUUCGUCAUGGAGCGCAGAUGCCGCCGGCCGCGUGCACAGCAUCAUGCACAUGGUCGUUCAAGCAUGGAGUCAAUUCUUUCCCCAUCCACCUCUGCCGUAUCAUGAUGGAUCGGGGUCUCUUUCUGCGUUUAGUUAAUAAAAUUCACUCUUACUAUAGAAAUUUGGUUUGCUCUUUUUUUUCUUGGUUGUUUGGGAAUCCUAUAUUUUCAUGUGUUGUGUUUUCUGGUCUGGAAUACUGUCUCAGGUCUGAAAGAAUUUUUCUGGGAAUAUUAUCUUCGUCAUCUAUUUUGGCCUUGGCACCCCGCAUAGUAGGCCUUAUGUUUUUGUUCAUGGGAGUCGAUUAUUGUUUUCUGUUUGAUAGUGUUCAGAUCGGUUAAUGUUUCAGAAGUUGAUCAGCAGAGGGGGAAAAAGUGUAAAGAAGAGACUUUUUCUCUCAUUUAAUUCACAUUCAUGAAAGCUCCGAUUUCGUUUCUAUGCUGAUUUAGGUCCCAACUUUGGUUCCAAAAAGGGGUCACAACAGUGUGAUUUAGAUGCUAUCUGUAGAUUUUUUUGAAUGGCGUAAGAAAGCCUCGUUCUGCCAUUUGUAGAGAUUUUUCUUUCUAGUUUUUGGUGCUGCCUGGAGUUUUCCUUUAGAAUUCAAAAAAUGGCUGUUUUCUAGUAUUUCACUUGAAAUUUUAAUAAGCAUUUCAACAAUUACAACUCGAAAAUUUCUUUUAAAUCUAGUUACUAAAAAGAAAAUAUCGAAAGAAUCAUUACUUUUAGGAAAGGUUUAAAAACGUUGCUGAGGCUAUCUGAUUCUCGUUCAUAUUCUAUGCUUAUUGUCGAAUUUGCAACUGCAGUACAAAAGAGUGGCCUCUAAGGGGGAAGUGGGGAUGAAGCGACGCCACUUCAGCCCUGUCUCCCCCACUGUCGCAGCGGCUGCUGCUGCCAAGAAGAAUGCGUUGUUUCCAUGCUCGGAGGAGAGAAAGGUGCACUGUCGUCCCAUGGUUCGUGGUUUCGAUUCGUUCAUGUUGUUAUCUUGAAAUAAUGGCAAACAUCAGCGAAUUGCAUCUAGUCAAUACGAUUUUUAUCCUUGUGAAAUGUGUGUUGAAAGGUUGUUGGUAAACUUGUGUGCAAUGACUACCUAGUUUGAGAUAUGCAAGCAGUUUUCUUAACAGAUAUCUUCCCUCAGUUUGCUUUUCUGAUCUACAUUCUAUUUUGUUACGUGCUUUAUGUUUUUUUCUAUGGUUAUGGCUUCCCUCUUGAGUUUCUCAAGUGCAUUGUAUUUCUUAUUAUUAAUAAAACAUUCCUCAUGUUUCUGUUGGAUUGCCUAUGAGUGUCUAAUUACUAUAAGAAUGAGUUCCUAAUAUUUAAUCCAAUCGAUGGAAUACGUCUCUUCUGAAGUUCAACCCCCUCUCCCCCCUCGACCCCGCUCAUAAAAAAGUAAAUAAAAAUAAGUACAUAAAAUAAAAUAAAGAAAGGAUGCUUAAGUUAGAAACUGAAGCAUCCAUGUGGCUCAGUCCCCAUUUGCUGCUUAAGUGAUAAUGUAGUGUGGAGUUCAGUGGACAAAUUUUUCUUUAAUGGCUACAGGAUACUGUAAAAAUAAGUGCUUUCAAUUGGUGUAUAUUAAUGAUACUAAAAAUCUAAAAAAUUUCAUAGAUGAUCUGAAGAAGGACAUGCCUAAGAUAUGUGCGAUUUCAUAGUUUAGAAUGAUAAGAAGCUGGCUCUUUCACGUGCACUGUAUAACUUCAGUUUGUUCAAAAAGUUUUGAUUUAAUGUGUGUGUGCCAGAUCUAUGAUUACCUUAAUUUUCAGCUGCAGAUUCGUCACAACGUUAAAUCUAGGAUAAAGGUAUAGUUAUUAUCGAAAAUUUGGUGCUAUAAGGAGAUAAUUUUGGAGAAGUGCAAUGCGAUCAAAAUACAAUUGUUGACAACGAAAGUUCACCUUUUAAUAUCCAUGACGUUCCUUUUCCUGUUGCCCAUUGCGAUAUGCCAUAGUCUGCAACUUUUUAUAGUUUUUUUUCAGAAGCUUAUGUAUUUGGAAGAAAUUGCUGCAAAAGCUUUUAACACUGGUUUGGAGUAUCAAUAGCUGUGUUUGUGUAGCUCUGGUACUCCAGAAUAUUAGCGUUUGCAACGGUAAUGAUGUUUGCUGACCGAGAAUCUGGAAUGAUAUUAUGUCUUUUUUGCCAAAGCAUUGCCUUUCUUUUAAGUUAUUGGUUUCUAUGGAAACACCAUGCCUAACAUGAUAUUGACGACAAAUAAUGUCUGAGUAUUUUUUUUAGUGUUCUAUCUAGUUGGCUCCUGAUAGUGCUGGGAUUGAUAUAUCUGCACUGUCUUCCCCACAUUUAUCUUUUUUUCUUAUUUCUCUGCUUUCAGCUUGAUACUACUGUGCUUCAGUAUCAAAACCAAAAACUCAGUCAGCAGUUGGAAGUUCAGAAAUUCGAAUAUUCUGCUCUUCAGAAUAAAUUCAACCAACUCAAAGAUGACCAAAAGUCUUAUGAUGACACAUUGGCUACUGUAAAAAAGUCAUGGGAACAGGUAUUUGGUGUCAAACAAAUUUAUCUUUUAGCUUUCAUUUCAGCAGUAUCAUCGAGGUUUCCCUCUCUCAAUUGAACAGCUUGUUGAUGAGUUGGGAUCUGUGUCAAGUAGAACAAGAAAAACGUCAAGUGGUUCUCCAGCUUUUGAGGGUAAGUUUCAAGAUUUGUCUCUUUCUAAAUUCCAUAACGCAUAAUGUGAAAACGGGUUCUCUGUUACUCAAUGAGGCGAUCAAUGAUACUUGUCAACCUUCAAUUUUGAAGCAUUGUAUGCCAUUUAUGUUUUAAUCUUUGUGGUGUAGUCUGUCUGUCUAAUGCGCAUGUUAUAUCUUCUAAUACAAUAUUUAGACAAGAAUAAAUAAAUGAUCUUACUGAUUCACUGUCUGACUGAUUGUGGAGCUAGAAAAUUUUCUCUAGCCAUAUUUUAAGUAGAAGAUGAACAUUCCUUCAGCAUAUAUAUUUGAAGUUUUUGUCCCAUAUUCCUUCAGUUUAAUUGGUUGAAACCAUUCUGACGUGCUGACCCUGCUAAACAUUUCGCCAUCACUUUAGUUUUGACUUAAGAGGUCAUUGCGCUUGCAAGAAUAUCAGACUUUCUUCUUUAGCCAUACAAUGUAAAUCGCAUGUUUGGAAAGCCGCUGUUGUCUACAGUCUCAAGGAUUGUUUGGCGCUCCUAACUUCUGGAAUGGGAGUGAUAAUGAUACAUAGCAGAUAUUUCUUUUUUCUGUUGAUGUCUGGCUGGAGAAUGUUUAGUUUUUCAUGGAACGAGAGGACUCAAGCUUGUUUCAGUCAGUUCUGGGGAUAGUUUGGUAAUGGGUUAGGACUGACUAAUUUUAACCUCCUGUUGGUUCCGGAUUCUAAUUUAUCCAACUUUCAGUUUGAUAACACGCACACUCUCUCUGUCAUAGGUUGAGUUGGGUUAAUUUAGUCUUCGAUUUGAUAACAGCGGGGAUUUGUUAAAAAGGCUGGGUUCCUAAUAUUUGACCCUUUUGGUCAAACAAGUUAAGUGACUUUGUCUGAGUUUAUGCCUAACCGGGGCUCAUGUGACUCGCUCAGUCAUCUGAGCUUAUCAAGGUUGGAUAGCUGGGCUAUCACGGAUAAACUCAGAUAACCCAGAUUAUGUCAGUUGUAAACAGUUGUUAAACCACUUCCUGGAGUGCAAUGGCGAUGUUGUCAAAUUAUUUUGUUAUCAGUUUUCACACAGAGUCUACCUUGGACCAAUUUUGUAGGAUACCCUCAUGAUUUAGGUGGACACUUCUGGAGAUCACCAUUGAUGUUCAAAUUGCGUGCAAAGCGCUUCAAAGUAGAAAGCCACUCAACUCUCUUUUGGUUCAACACCUUGCCACAUAGCAUGCUCUUGAGAUAUGAAACUACGUAAAAGUUAAUUAUCAGAAAUGUCUCUUGUAGUUUUUGACAUUUGUUAUUGUUUUCUGAUCUUCUGACCUUAGGAAUUUGGCAGUGACUUACGAAUUACUCUUCCAUUGCUUCUUUCUUGUGCAACUCUGUGGUGUCUACGAUUUGUGUAUUUUUGGUAAAUGCUAUACCGCUUCAUACUUGUUAAUGUAGACCAUGGCUGAAUGAAUACAGAGUUAGAUACGCAUAUGGCUUGAUCUAAUAAUAUUUACAAAAAGCAGAUGCUUUUUCCUCACAUCUUUGUUUUUUGAUUCAUAAGAUUAACCUUUGCUUUUGGGUUUACAAGCAUUGGUGACUGCCGUGUGCAAAGCCCUAGUGUUUGCAUGUGCUUCCUUAUCAUGGUCAUCAGCUGUGUUGCUAGAAAAAUGAGUUUUCCUUUUUGGUUGGCUAGCAUAUAUUUUAUUACUUAAUGAUUAUGGCAUGGUGUUAUUUAAUUCAUUUUCAUGACCUUAUAUGUUAAAUUUUGUUGUGUUUGGUUUGUUUAGUCUCUGAAUCUGAUAUGGAACUUUUUGCUUAGAACACUGCUAGAAUAAUGAUUAUAACUAUGAAUCUUUUCCCCAAAAUUCAGAUGAAGUAUCUUGCCCUACCAAGGAUAAUCUUUUGUCCAGACUCCUGGAAACAGGUGCGACUGAAAGUUCUUGCGGAGUUUUGUCUCAGAGCCAGUUAGAGGAUUGUGUACAAAAGACACAGGCAGGGACUAGUAAAGUUCUCGAAAAUAUCAUAUCAGCUUUAAAUAAGUUGUGGAAUGUGAAUAACCAGCUCACUAUUUCACUUCUUGGGAAGCAACAAGAUGAGGGUAAGAGUUGGCUUCUGCUAAUUAUAAUAUCGCUUUUCAAUGCUUCUCUGCCAGUUGUACCAGAAAUAAAAUUUAUUUGUAGUCUUUAAUCUUGUUUCUCUACAGAUUUCAUCCGGGAUUUGCACAAUACUGUUAAUAGUUCACAUGUGGAAGUUAAAAACUUGCGACUGACAGCCAGGGAUCUUCAGAUAAAGCAUAGAUCAUUGUCGAAAGAGAUACAGGGCCAUCGCGACACAAGUGCAAAGAAUAAGGCUCAGAAUAGGCGCUUGGCAGGUAGAUAAUUUGAAGCCUUUUUUUGGUUAUCGGUGUUCCUUUGCUGGUGCCAUUAUAUUUUGCCACAAUUUUUCAAGCUGUAGUGCUUGCUGCACUCUUAAAUUUAAAUUAUGAAUGUAGCUAUCCACUUUGAUCAUCUCCGUCAGGAGAACUUUUAUAAUUAAACAGCCAUUUCUUUUAAAUUGAAACUACUCCAAUGAUGUAUGUGAACAUGCAAGUUUUACAUGUGCUUCUCCCGCUGUAAUAUCAUCAUUGCUACAGGAAAGUUGUCUUGUGAGCAGUAUCUCUACACUUUCUGAGCUUCUCCCGUUAUAAUAGAAAAUGGAAAUAUGAUUGCAUUUUGAGUUGCAUUUUUGUUUUCUGAGUUAUCGAGAUAACAUGGUAUAUUUUCUGGAAGGUUCCACAAUGACUACUUAGGCAUAAAAGUUAUUCCUCAAUCAUUUUUUUUUGUUAAACAGAAAUGCUAAUUACCUUUGUUUUUGUGAAUAUAAAGGAGAAUUGGAGAGUACUACCAUUGAACUAAAGGAAAGCAAUCGUGACCUAUCUGUCCUCAAGUCUCAGAGAGAAAGUGGGCAUGGAACACCUUUCUUUGCUGCAACUUUAGGAAGUAAUUGCACUUCUGGUAACGGUGGUAGAGAUAGAGAUAAAGAGUUGCAUGAGUUGGAGUCAGCUCAGAAACAGAUGCUGGUACGAAGUUUGUGUAUUGGCAUAAUGUUGUUAAAAUCUUACCCACAUCAUAUGAAUCAAAUUUAUCAUCCUACAGGAUUUAGCUUCAAGUCGAUUACUAGAGAUUCAAACUUUACACGGGAAAAGAAAAGAGAUGUUCAGCAAGUUGUCGGAUAUUCAGGUUUUGUAGUUAUUAUUUUGUUGGAUUUUCAAUGUUUUUUUUCCCAUCGUAUUCUAUCUUUCUCUGACACUGAAUAUUUCUGUUUAUAUUUCUGUGCAAAAUACUUGAGAAACAGAACAUGCUGGAUGUGAAGUAUGAUUCGUCAUCAAAAAGUUUUCAGUUGUUACAUGAUCAGCUUGGGAAAUCAAGAGUAGAAUUGGAUCAGUGUCGAGAUUUGUUGGAAAAGCUACAGGUGGUUGUUUUCCUCAGUUUUAUGCAAAUAUCUCAUGCAAUGGUUUGUUCUUGUAUUACUGACUCUUUUCUUUUGGGUUCCACUAUAAUAAGGUUGAGAAGGAUACUUUUAUCUGGCGGGAGAAAGAAGUGAGUUUGAAGGUUGAUAUAGCUGAUAUUUCUCGUAGAGCAUCUGCAGUGGCUGAAUCUCGAAUUGCAGAGCUGCAAAAAUUACUACUAAAACAAGUGGAUGAGAGAGAGCAACUUGGGGUUAGGCUAGAGGAGGCUUCCAGAGAACCAGGUAUUUGGGCGAAUUUAGUAUUUUCUGUGGCUACUUUUUAAAAUAUUGCAAAAUUUCUUCUAAAAGACGUGUUCAUGCAAUAUCAGGAAGGAAAGAAAUUAUAUCUCAGUUUAAGGCUUUAGUUUCAUCUCUUCCCAAGGAGAUGGAGUUAAUGCAGGCUCAACUUGCUAAGCAUAAAGAAGAUGCUUCGGAAAUUCAUUCUCUUAGAGCCGAAGUUGGAUCGCUCUCUGGUCUUCUGGAUAGGAAGGUAAACUCUUGCCCCUAAAGAAUCAUGCACUUCGUCAUCAUCUGUUUUAUUGGAAGACUAAGGGUAAUUUGGUACAGGAAAAUGAACUGAAGACCUUAAGUAGAAGAUCUGCUGAACAAAUUUCUGAAAUCCAGAAACUACAAGUCACGGUAUGCUCUUUCUUUUCUCCUUGUUGUAUGUACAUUCUCUCUUUUGUGAUGAGUUCGACUAAGUUGAGUUUUUGGCUGAAAAACCGUUCUGGGACGUGCAUAUUUUCCUUGAAACUAGAGUUGUUCAUGUCCUCACACUAGAUGUUUUUGUCAAUACAAGGAUAUAAUAUCUGGCUUCGCAUUUACUGUUUCUAUUAUUCGAAUUGAUUUGGUGAUACCAUUCACUACACGUUACUCUGAGAAUACCAUGCAAAGGUUUUUCUCUUUCUUUUGGAAUUCCAUAAUAGCACUGUCUAUGAACCGCUGAAUAUUCCUACAAAUAUAGCAUUGGGUGUCUUUUUGAGCAGAACACAGGUUUUCCCAUGGAAUUAGUUAGUUUUUCUUCAUCUAGUGGCUUAAGAGAAACUUCUUUGUGCUUGUUAUUUGGUGCUACUUAGAUGAUUUUAUUGGCAGGUUCUUUUAGAUGGUUCAAAUUGUGAUUGUUAAAGAUGGAGGGAUUCCAUCUUUUCGAUGGUUUCUUAAGGCGAAUAAUUUGAGGCGCUUUUUUGAUGUUUAAAGAUUAUUGAAAUAAAUAAUAAAUACUAAUUAAUAACAUUUAUUAAAUAAUAUACGUAAUUUGAUGCUUGAUGACUUAUAUCAAGAAGUAUUCAGUUUUUGCAGAGUGAAUGACCAUUUGGCAAAUGCGCGCUGCCCUUAUUAAUGUUAGUAUUCGUGUGUUUGGCCAAUUAUGCAGCCAUUCUCAAACAUCUUGCCUUGGCCAUCCAUAUACCUUUGUUGUCUGGGCUGCCUUGUCAAUAGAAUGCUACUUUGUAAACAAUGGGGUGCAUUGUGUUUGAAGUGAACAUCUAAUGAUGGCUGGAAGACGAGGUAAUAGCAUUUGGAAACCAGAUAAAUAAGGGAAAACAACUGGAAAAAGAAUGUAAGGUGGCAGAAAAAUAGCCAACUACAUGCUUGGGAGAUCUAGAUAGUGAUAAAUCAAUGAAGAAUACAAUAUUACUUGAAAAUGAGAGACUAUAUUAAGUUCACUGAGGAUACCUUGAAAUUAAUGUCUCUGGACCAACUUUCUUAGAAUUUAUGUUCUCUUUCUCCUUGAACUGGGGAAUGUGCAUUGCCCUGAGAAUUGAUUGCAUAUGUACCUCCAUAACAGGCCUUUACUGCCAUUUCUGCCUGUUACCUGCUAGUAUUCACGAACUAUGGAUGAAAACUAUUGUUGUUUUAAGGGUACCUAGAUUCUUUGUUUCUUUGAACUGUGCGUCAUACAUAGUUUGACUUUUUGGUGGAAACUGUUUUGAAAGAUAUUGUUGUUUUGACAGUGGGUUCUCUUUACAGGUUCAAGAUUUGAAGCUUAGUGAUCGGGAGUUAAAUUCACUGCUGGAGAUGUAUAAACGCGAGUUUGCUGAUUCAAGGUAAGGCCUUCAUUUGCCGUUAAGUUUGCAGUAUCUCUGUAAUUAGUCUUUCUAUUUGCUUAACUCUUGAUAUGGUUAUGCCUGACGAAGCCUGGCCAUUAACUAUGCCAAAAAGCUUCAUUUUGUUCAAUUGUCAUAGAAAAUAGUGAUUCCUUUUUUGCUUUUAUUUUGGUCUAUUAUUUUAUGGUAGGCAUAGUUUAUUAUAAUUUUAUGUUUAUAUAUAAAAUCGUACAGUGAUGACAUAAAAAUAAUUCGAUCAGGUCUGAGGUUUCUUUUUUGUGUGCUCAUGGUUAUUCUAAUUCUUCUAUCCGAGAAUUGUAAGAAUGACUACUAGAAUACAAACAUCUAAUGUAUUAUUAGAGAUAAUAGGUAAUUGGCGUUUGAUUUUAAUUGCGUCUUUGGAUGGAGUCUGCUGAAAAAUAAAAUUGUAGCUUGUUUUCAGAGAUUUGAGGUGUUUGCUAUACGACCGAAUGUAUGAGUUUAAAUAUCUAACCCAUUCAAAAUAAUAUUUUACUGUAGUUUACUCUUUUAUCAUUGUUAUUAGCCAUUGCUCAACUUUUUUAUGUGCGACGCUGUGCCUCAUCGUAUAACAUCAGUCACUUGAAGAAUGUGUCAAAUAAAGCUAUAUACAUCACAUGCAAAUAACUGAACAACAUGCAAAAUUCCAGAAUGAAGUUUAAACCGUCUCCAAGAAAAAAAUGCUGUGGCACUCGUACUUAGAGUUGGAUGUGAAAUGCUGAUUAAGAAUUUAAAGUUUAGAUAGAAAGAAAUUUAUGUAGUCAAUAACUAUUGUUGUAAUAAAGAUAUCUUGCUGUGUUCUAGAGUUGUAGUUCACAAGCGCAUAAAUGCAGUUAUUGUAACUGCAGACUGAGGGGAGCCCUACUACAAACUCAAUAAGAGAAUUUUGGAUGUUGGUCUGUACAAUCUUUGACCUGAGAGUGAUGUGCCAGUUCCUAUGUAAAGAAGCUUGAAUGCAGAAAAUAAUAAAACCUUAGUAUCAAAAGUAUCGGUCAGGCUAAGUCUAAUCACUUUGUAAGGCGCUAGAAAUUAAUCUGAGUGAUGAUGGAAAAGGAUUUAGCUUCUGUUAAAGUUUCUUUAUGAUCGUUAAGAUAAAUUUAAUGCAAUCAACAGAUGUCUUCAUUAUUGAAGAAAAGUAAAAUCUGUGAUGGCUGAAUCCUUAGUAUCAAAAGUAUCUGUCAGGCUAAGUCUAAUCACUUUGUAAGGCGCUAAUCUGAGUGAUGAUGGAAAAGGAUUUGGCUUCUGUUAAAGUUUCUUUUAGAUCGUUAAGAUAAAUUUAAAGCAAUCAACGGAUGUCUUCAUUAUUGAAGAAAAGUAAAAUCUGUGAUGGCUGAAUCCAAAUUAUCGAUCCAUGUAGAUCGUGAUGAGUGGUGUUUCAUUUUCAGUGGUUGAUGCUGAAAAUUCAUUAUGUAGAAAGAAAAGGAGGGGAAUACCCCGAAUCAUGCAUUGUUGUUUAGGUUCCUGUGUCAAUUGAUGUAUGCGUUUAAAAUCAAGAAAGUAAAUGGAACUUUUAAAAAUUAGAGAGCACAAGCCGGGUCUGUAAGGUCCUUUAUAGUGAAAGCAAGAGGGAGUGAAACCAAGAGGGGAUCUGGUGUUUCGAGAGACAAAAGAUUGGUGAAAUUAUUUCUAUUUCUUAGGUAGGGAAUAGAUUAUUCUUUUACCCCUUGUCUUUAUUUCUCCUUUCUGUUCUAUUGGUUUAUGGUAUAACUUUACUGAUGCAUCUGAUUCAUGGAACUACACCGUCACUUGAGUCUUGCCUAGAUGGUGUCAUCCUUGUUGACUGAUGUCUCUUUCCACAUAACUGGCUGAAUGGAAUCUUUCUAAAGAAAUGUGUUUACUUUUCAAUUUAAAUCAUUUGUGCCUAGGGAAAUGGCUAUUCUUCAUUUAUUGGCAGCUUCUCCAUCAAAUUAAGGCAAUUAAAUGUGAAAUGAAGCUUUUAGCCAGAAGAAGACUUAGAAGAGGUUUAAUUCUCAGCCGAAGUAUGCCUUUGGAGGAAUGCUUAUCAAAAUGACUAUGACAUUAUGAGUAGCUGCGUCGAAAAAGAUUUUUUUAAAGAAUAGUUUGAAAACCGGCGCAAAAGGGGAAAUAUACAACGACCCAAGGAUUAGGAAAGUUCGGCUAUUUAGUUUGUCUUGAUGCAUUAAUAUUCAGUCGGUGUUGAAGUUGUCUUGGAGGUGUGGGCGGUAAGAUGCACAUCGAACUUGCAGCAAAAUAGAGCCUUCACUUAGUUAUUUACUACACUGUUCUACCCCUGGCGCUUAAAUCAAUUGACUACUCGGACAAAUUGAAUAGAUCCUAAUCAAAGUUACCCUUGAAAACAUAAAGUAUUCUCCCAGAUUUGUCAUCCGGCUGAUUGAGUCCAUUAAGUUGGGGAGGGUUCGUGAGAGGUCGUAGGAAAUCAGGUUUACAAAGAUGAGGGCAGUGAGGGUAUUCGAGUCUAUCGUAUUCUAGUUAUUAAUGGUGAGUUAAUCUAAACUACUGAAUGUUGAUGAAAUUCCUGUAUCUAGGAACUACAGACUUUUGAGGCAGUAAGCACUGUUAGGGAAAUAAGGGCUUAUAACUGAUUUUUGGUAUUUAUGGGAAGCUAAAACUAAAACGCUUGUGUACAUUUUUGAAAUCUCCUGGAAUCAUGGAAUAAACUGGUCUUUUCGGAAUAGGCUGAUGAAUAUCGUACUGAAUUCUUGGUGAUUCAAAUAUUGUUAGAGUGUCUGAUAUUGGGUAUCCUCCAAUUCUGGAAUGGGCUGAGUUGUGGCCUUUCUGAAACCGGUAUUAUCUGGUGGGUCUUAUGAUCUGGAAUGGACGGUUGUCAAUUACUCUGGGAUAUCCUUUCGCAAAAGUAGCGUCCAUUACUUUGUAUGGUUUUACAUUCGUUUCUUUCUUGAUUUCAUUUUUAUGAUAAUGUUUUUCAUUUCUUGAUUAACGGUGAUUGUGUUUUCUUGGAUCUCUAUUUUCAGACCUCCUUUGUUACUGUAGUUAUUCCUUUCUAUAUGUACCCAAUUCACCCAGCGCUUGUGUUAUUUCUGGCACUUUCUUAGGUUGUAAAUUUCUUUAAAUUUUACUGUAGUUAUUUCUUUAAAUUUUAUGUAAAAUGUGGGUGGUAGACCGAGGUCUGUGGCAUUGCUUUCUUCUAUAACGAUCAUUUCUGAGUCGACAUUUCCUGCUUUUCGUCUCCCAUUUUAUUCUUGCAUUUUUCUUGUUGCCGACAUCUCAGCACAGUAGAGUAAGUCGAGCUCUUUUGACUGCAGGGAUAUGCUGGAGUUCAGGGACUCCGAAUACAAGGCAUGGGCACAUGUUCAAAGUCUUAAAUCCUCUCUGGAUGAGCACAGCUUGGAACUGCGUGUUAAAGCAGCCAAUGAAGCAGAAGCAUUAUCCCAACAGAGAUUAGCCACUGCUGAAGCUGAAAUUGCCGAGUUAAGGCAAAAAUUGGAAGUUUCGGCGAGGUAUUUUGUCUUUCUGUGUUUUCAAUUCUCUUCAUAUGUUUUUCAAUAGUGAUGUGGCAUUCUCUCUCUUCAAUUGGUUUGUGCCAAUAAAAUACUAUUUGAACAUUAAUAGCUAUUUGUUUUGGUGAGAUAGUUAACAAGCUCAUGUUUGCACCUGCCGUUUAGUGUUAUCUUUUCAUCUGCAACAUUUUGUGAUUAUUUUUGGAGGAACAUUAUUUUGGAAGCUUAGAUGAUGGUUUCUUGUUUACAGGGAAAUAGUUAAAUUGUCAGAUGUCCUCAAAUCUAAAUGUGAAGAAGGGGAAGCUUAUUUAUCUGAGAUUGAGGUUCGUUUUCUUCUCUCUGUUUUCAUGUCUGCCUCUAUCUGCAUAGUAAAUACUUGAGGGGAUUGUCACUUUGGUCUCCCUAUGAUGCAGAGUAUUGGCCAAGCGUAUGAAGAUCUACAGAUGCAGAAUCAAAAUCUAUUGCAGCAAAUUACGGAAAGGGAUGAUUACAAUAUCAAGGUAAAGUUGUUCUUCUGCAUUGGGGAUCCUGCUGAUGUCUAUUUGAUGUACGAUGUCAUAUUGCUUUUGUGUGUUUUUGGGUUUGGACUUGGACGCGGAAAAACUAUAUAUAUAUAUAUAUAUUUAUUUUUUUUUCUUUUUGGAAUACGAUCUAGGGGAUUCAGUAAUAUGAGCAUCCAGAAGCCAUUUUUAUGGGUCUUGCUGGAAUGGGCAUACAGGAUCUACGCUUGGACACAUUUUGAAUACCUUGGCAUAUAAAGUAGACACGUUUCACAUAGGUCUUGUAGGUAGACAGAUGGUUGAAGAUAUUCAGUUCUUCAUUGAUCUUUCUGUUUUACGUUGACACAUUUCGCAAAUCCGAUCUUUGGAGACGCGUACUUUUUCGUUCCUUUUAAGACCAAAUGCCCGAGACAAUGCCUCAGGUUUGGCAAGUGAAUGGAAGUAAUUAUGGGAGAUAUAGGUAUAUAUAUAUAUAUAUCUCGAAAGUUGGCAUUUGGGAGUGACAAAGUGCUUCAUGGUGCAAACCUGAGAUUCGAAAUGCAGUUACAACAGCUGAAUAUAUUACUCGAUGAAGAAACUGUGUUGGAGGAAUCGUCUCUUAAUUAAGAUGUAGAUGGCCCUCUAUGGGAGCCACUGCCAAAAUCUGCUCAUGUUUCAUCAUAUUUCUGUAAGGGAAAUUUACCUGUCCGAUCUUUAGUUGUUUCAUUGCUUUUGGCUUCAAGUUUAUGAGUCGGAGCAUUUCAUCUAGAAUAUUUCAUUAGAAUCUUAUUGCUGGUAACAAGCUGUAGUCCUGCAGCUUUUUCACGAGUCUAUCCGAAUUUGCCUAAUUUUCAAAAGGGAAUCAUUAUAUUUUUGCCCUCAGGGGCUGGCCAGUUAUUAUUUAUUUGGCGGCUCUUUAUGAUAUGUAUUCUUCUAGCUUGCGUCGGCAAUUCCAAGUAUCUUACUGUGGCAAUCUAUUGCAGCUUGUCUUGGAGAGCGUGAAAGAGAGGCAGGUUCAGGAUGCCCUCCGUAUGGAAAUACGAAACAUGAAUAGAGACAUAGAGCAAGCAAACGUGUCUCUAGAGUUUUACAACUUGAAAGUCGUUCGAUUGGAAGACCAGGUAACUUUUCUUGACCAAGGUUUGUGUCUAGAUCAAGGGUUGGGUUAUCUUAAACGAAUCUUAUCUUUAAUCUUUUUUCCAUACAGAUGAGGAAUUUGGCGGAGCAGGUUGGGAAGCUUGUGGAGGAUAGAUGGCAGUACUCUGUGGGGUUAGAAAAUAUAAAGAGAAGGUUGUUUGAUAUGCAGAGAGAUUCGCAACAACUGAGAAAAUCUGUCGAGGAAUCAUUCUCCAAGGUUGAAGCUAGUCGGAAGGACAUUUCCAUGCUCCAGAUAAACCUGGAGGAGGAGAGGUAUACGAUUGCUACCUUUUUUUUUUUUUUCUUUUUCUUUGUUGGGUUCCGGUAUGUUCAGCUGUCGAAUCUCAUGAAAUUGUGGCAUGUAUCAGAUUCAAGAACAACAGAAUAGAUGAGGAUGUAGAAGUCAAGAUAAGGAAAGCGGCUCUUCUGAAAUCACGCUCACAAGGCUCCUCGAUGCUGGAGAAGCUCCAGCAAGAACUCAGGGAAUACAAGGGCAUACUGAAAUGCGGUGUAUGCAAGGACCGACAAAAGGAGGUGAUGCUCAAAAACCUCAUUCUGGGUCAUCUGUGUUUUUUUUUUUUUUUUUUUUUUUUUUUGAUAAUCAUGGGAACUUUGUUUUUAUUUAUUUUUAUUUCGGUAGAUAUAGGAUAUUAGUAUUUCAUCCCUUCAAAAUAUUCAUCUUCUUACUCGUUUCUAGUAGUUAAUAUCGUGGGUUUCUUCGCCUUUGAUUUCUCUCCUUGGGCCCAGGCGGUAAUUGCCAAGUGCUACCAUCUACUCUGUCAACCAUGCGUCCAAAGAAUACUGGAGAGCCGCCAUCGCAAGUGCCCGGUCUGUGCGACGAGCUUUGGGGCCAAUGACAUCAAGCCCAUCUACAUCUGACGCAGGAAGAGAAGAGCUCCCCUUUCACGAGAGGUUAAUCACUAAAUCUCACUGGUCGGAAGUCAUUAGUUGGAUGCAUGACAUGACAUGCCCAUUUAUUCAAUGUCUAUGCUCAGGGUGCUAUAUAUAUAUAUAUAUAUAAAUGUAUCUCUCUAUGGUCGGGGUGACCCUCCCUCCCCUUCUUCUUCUUGUUAAUAUCAGAUUCCAAGCUUUGCAGGCAGUAGGGCCCGUAGUUUUGUCGACCUGAUGAUGAUGAUGAUGAUGAUGUUAAUGUUUUGGUAUGAUCCCCUGUAAAUUUCCACAAAUAUCCAUUUAAUGUCUUGGAGCGAGCUUGGGUUGGCCCCCUGAUCGAUCCCCCUUCGAAGAGUGCUUCCCCUUCUCCUUGUUCUGUUCCAGGUCGUUCUUGCUUUUGACCCAGGUGAUUCCAGCUGUCGUGUAUAGCCGUCUCAUUACUCAGUUAAUUGGCAUCUAAUUGCCUGUGUAUGUAUGUAUAAAUUACGUGGUGAUCUUAUGGUCGGAGCAUGGUCAACUGCUAUGCGUAUAACUGGUUAGUUGGCCCCUAAAUAUUCCUCUGGACUGGCCAAUUAUAGUUAAAAUAAAAUGUUUUGGAAGUGGGACGGCAUCAUUCCUUUCGCUUUUACCCUGUUGACUCUCUCUCUCUCUCUCUCUCUGCCCAUCUUUACUGCCUUCUCUCCCAGUAGACGGGAGAGAAGCGAGUGGCGGUGUCGCCUGUCAGCGGCCGUAGACUACCGCCCUGCAGUGAAAGGAAGGAGGUGCAGUUGGUCAGAGAGGUACCCGAUUGGCGAGGCCUACGUGAAGUUACUAUCUAGGGCCGUUAACCUACUUGAUGUUAUGAGAUUUGUGACUAUUCGGAGGAUGAGUAGGUAAAAUACUGCUUUAAUAUGAAUUUAUGUUUUCAUUUGAUUAAUGAAACCGGCAAUUUAAUACGAUACUAGAGCCGAGGCCUCUCUUUAUGGAUUCACUGUGACGGUGAGAGGCGUUCAGAGGAAUUAAGAUGGAGACGACCCAUAGUACCAUGGGAAGGUUGAAAGACGUGCAGCUCAAAGGUCAGGUAGAGGGAGCUGAAGGGUUCAGUAAACUUCCAAGGAGGCCUAUUUAUAAGAGCCUUAUUGAUCCCAGCUCUUAACCUAUCCCUCUCUCUCUCUCUCUUUCUUUUUCAGAGAGAUCAUACGUCGGAGGCUUGCCUGAUGAGGAAGGCCAUCUACUGGGGGUGCGGAAAGCUAUGAUCGCUCUGAAAGCCCGAGGGAACAAGGAAGGUUGAGGCCCAUACAGCCAUCACACGGGCUUUCAGGGAGAUCAUAGCGUUCCCUUCCCCCACUCUCUCUCUCUCCCCGAGAAAAAGGGCAUUAGAACAUCGCCCAGUGGUCGGAGGGAUUGCUGACGAACAAGGAAGAAGGUCGUCUCUUGAGGGGUCGGAAAGCUGUGAUCCCUCUGAAAACCCGAGAGAACCAGGAAGGCUGAGGCCUAUGCAGGCAUCGCACGGGCUUUCAGAGAGAUCACAGCGUUCCCUCCCCCCUCUCUUAUGGCUCUCUCUGUCGUUAUCAUUAUAUCUAUUUGGCAGCAGAGCUUUGAAUUCGCGUGAGAACUUUUCCUAAUGGAGCGUCAGUAGGGUGCGGUUUCUGAACCCGCCCGCCAGCUUUUAGGUAAAAACUUCAGCACUGCUAUACUUCUCUGUCUGUCUCUCUUGUCUCUCGAUAGCGCGCCCUUUCAGGUUCAGAUAUGAAGAAAGUUGCUCGAGAGAGCGUUGGAAAAACAUUGCCUUUUUCGAAGCAUGUUUAGUUCACAAGGCUUAAUGCUUCAUGUAUGAAAGCUGCUGCAUCGACGGUUGCAGAGUCAUGGUCUGUUUGGUUCAUAGAAGUGCUCUCUUUCUCUCUCUCUCUCUCUCGCUAUAGGGUUGAAAAAACAUGAUCUUCUUGGAUGCAUGUGAAGGCCGAAGGCUUAAGUCCUCUGUGGGCAUUUCCAGAUUUCGCUAUGACAUAGGGAACAUUCUAUGCAGAACCGAGAUUACUCCCAUUAAUGUCCAUUAAAUAACUAAAUUCUUUCCAUUUCCAAUCCCCUAUAAAAUCACCUGCCCAUCACCCAAAGCUUAGGUUCCUGUCAUCUUUUAUGAAAAAUAUGAAUUUUCAUGAAAGUUUUUUCCCAUUGAGAGGUUCCUGUCAUCUUUUUAUGAUAUGUUUGACUUGAUCUUAAUGAGGGCAUACAUAAAUUUGUAUAGUGUGAGAUUAUUAUUACACUAAUCUUUGUUAAAUUUAGUUUAUUAAGAAUUUUGUAAUUGGGAUUAAUUGAUCUUAUUUACAUAUAAAUUAUAUAAAAUUCCCUAUAGACAAGGGUUUAAUUCUAAUUUUUAUAAUGUAUAAAAUGGAAAAAGGACACCUUAGUUGUUUAAUUCUAAUUUUUUAAGAUCUCUUAGUAUGCCCUUAAUUAUAAUGUAUGAAAUACUAAGAUCUCUUAGUUGUUUAAGAGGUCAUUACUCUCAAAACUCAUUGUAGUGGUGAGGGCACCUUUGUCUCCAAGCACACUAGAAUGGUCUUACUAAAAGCCCUUUGUGUUGGUUCAUAGAACAAACAUUUGUGGAGUUCAAAAAUGUGCUGUACAGUUAUUUUUAUUCACCUUGAAAAUCCAAAUUUAUUAGAUGAAAAAAUGUAGAUUUGCAAGAUGAGUAAUAAAGGAAAUAAUUAACAUGUGUAAGAGGUUAAGUGAUUGUGGAAAUGCCCACAAUUUUUAAGGACUAUUUAAGUGUAUCCUUUCCAUUCUUUGGCUAUGUAUGGAAAGAUAGAAAUAAAAUGACCACAAUUUUAGGUAUUCACUUAAUUUUGUUAGGUCUAGGUGCUUUUCUUUUAGUAUUCAAAGCUGUGUUUGAAAAAGUUCUUCACUCACUAAAUAUAGAUUUUGACAGGUAUCAAUUUUAUCAGAAAAAAAAAUAAAAAAUGUAAGGAUGCAAAAUGACCAUUAAUUUAUACCUUUUUUUAUGAACUACUGCCUAUUGCUUAUUAGAAUUGUUAAUAAUAUUUUAUCUCAUUCAUAGAUAACUAUUUUAUCUCUUUAGUUGAUAAUCAACUUGCAAAAAGACUUUUUUUGAUCAAACGGUUAUGGUAAAUACUAUAUUAUAGGGUAGAUUAGAUAAUUAAAGACCUUCAUAUAAAUUUCUAUAUGAGUGUUUUAUUGUCUCAUAGUAUAACAUGGAUCAUGUUGGGGAGAGAUGUAUAAUCUAUAUACUUUAUUAAAACCCUUAUUGAAAUUAGUAAAAAAAUACAACUUAGUUAUUAGAUACAAUUUAAAUUAAAAAACUAUUAUGAAAACUUUAUAUGAAUUUUGGAUACAUUAGAAACCUAUUUUAAAGCAUAUACAUAUUUUUACAAUAUCUACUUUUUUUGUGAGGAAAAAUAUUUGGUUAUUUAUGAUGUUCAAUUUAUGGUGGUUUAAGAUUGUCUUUGAAGAAUAAAUAUUUUUGUUUAAUUAAUUGCUAGUGAUGAUUAUCAAUAUUAGGUCAUCUUAUCUACCAUUAUUUAAUAAUCAAACUUUAUAUCAAAAUAAUGUUCUUAUAACUUUGAUCCUGAAUAAAGUUCACACUUUUAAUAAUUAUUACUAUUAAGGAGAUCUAUUGGACAGAGGAAUAGUGAAAUUUUGGAUGUUUAUAUCAUAUAUCUUUGAGAACAUAAGUGAUUAUAAAUGAUCAUAUCAUUCUAUAAUAGUUUACCCCUAACCUGACUAAUUGUGUUCCUAUAGAAAAAUAUUAUCUUGAUUGAUUAUUGUCUUGAGGAAUACAAAACUGAAUUGAACAAGAUAAGUGACUCAAAUCUCUCAUGUUUCUUUCUAUGAAAACCUUUUGGUACACCAACCCCUCUAAAGUUAAAUAGUGCUGCAGCAGCAAACUUCUUUGCCAAAAAAACUCUUUUCCAUAACUAAAUGACCUCAAGAUCAGAUAGAGGACACAUAUUUUAAUUGAGUAGUCAUUUGAUCAUAAUAUCAAGUUGAUAAAGUGGAGAUUUUAAUUUUUUUUCUUUUAUGGAAUGCAUGAUGUGAAUAUCUUAAUUGAGAGUCAAGAAUGUUGAAGUAUAUUUACUAUUUGAGGCAAAAGUCUUAUGUUAUCAUUUGGUUUCAAUCCUAUAAUGUUUACUCAAUUUAGAUCUCUAACAUUCAAGUUGACCUUUGAAUGCCACCAUUUGUUAGAAUAUGUGGUUUGCAUAUGUCAUACAAUUCUUAUAUUCAUUUUAAUUUAAAUUUGAACAUAUUUCUUAACUUGAUGGAGAACAACUUGACAUCGAUAUAAACUCUAGAUCGCUUGAUUUUAUUUCACAUUUUUCCAGAUAUUUAUCCGAUGUGUCCCAAUUGAGAUAAAUCUUUCAAACUUCAAUUUUUGAUUCAGUCUUUAUUUGAUGAUUUGAUAUAGAAUGGAUAAAGACUGCUAGAUGAUGGUUAGAUUAUUAUAAAUCUAAUAAAGAUAAAAACUAUUAUAUUUUCUUAUGUGGCGUCAAAAGGAUCAUGUCCUAACAUGUUUCGAGAUAUAUGAAAGUCACCUUUUUUUGAACGUGUAUUAUUAUGGUCAUUUUAAUCCAAAUUUUAAUUUUAAUUUGAACAUGGAAUAUUUUACAACUUAAAUGUUAUAUGAUUGGAAAACCUGAUAACUUCUGUAGCCCAAGGUUUGAAUCUAGAUCAUGGGUAGGGUUGUCUACAUGAAUCUUAUCUUAAAUAUUUUCCAUGAAGAUAAGGAAUUCGGUAGAGUAGGUUAGAAAGCUUCCAUAGGAUGAUUGACAAUAUUCUGUCAAGUUAGAAAAUAUAAAGAGAAGAUUGUUUGAUAUGAAAAGAGAUUCACAUCAGUUGAGAAUCACAUCAGUUGAAAAUAUAAAGAGAAGAUUAUCAUCCAAGGUUAUUUUCAUGCUUGAGAUAAACCCUGAGGAGGAGAGGUAUGAGAAUGUUGCCUUUUUUUUUUUUGUUGGGUUUCUAUAUGAUUAGCUGUCGAGUCUUGUCAAAAUGUGGCAUGUAUCAGAUUCAAGAUCAGCAUAAUAGAUGAGGAUGUAGAAGUCAAGAUAAGGAAAGUGCCUCUUCUAGAAUCAUGAUCACAAGGCUCCUCGAUGCUCGAGAAGAUUCAACAAGAACUCAAGAAGUACAAGGGCAUACUAAAAUGCGGUGUAUGAAAGGACCGUCAAAAGGAGGUGAUGCUCAUGAACCUCAUCCUUGGUCAUCUGUGGUUUUUUGAUAAUCUUUCAUGUGUGUUCCAUUCUCUCACAGCAGUACAUGGAAACUUCGUUUUGAUUUAUUUUAUUUUGGUACAUAUUGAAAUUUAGUAUUUCAUCCCUUCAAAACUUACAUUUUCUUAGUAGUUACUACUAUUUAGUUUUUUUGUGUGUUUCUUCUCUUUUGAAUCAUGUUCUUGGGCCCAUGUGGUCAUUGCCAAGUGCUACCCUCUACUCUAUAACCCAUGAGUGCAAAGAAUACUUUGAGGUCUGCCAUCGCAAGUGCCUGGCCACUGCAAGGAGCUUCAUGCCUAAUGACAUCAAGCCCAUCUACAUCCCUAGUCUUUGUCUCUCUCACUAGAUGCACCCAUUCAAGUUCAUGUAUCAAGAAACUUGCUUGAAAGAUGGUUGGAAAAUCAUUACCUUUUCGGAAGCAUGUGAAGGAUUUAAGGCUUAUGUUUUAUGUGAGAAAACUAAUCCCUCAGUUCUCUUCUCUCUCUGUUUAUCGUUCAUGUAAGAAAGCUGCUAGAUUGAUGGUUGUAAAAACAUGGUCUUCUUAGAGGAUAUGUGUUGGCGGUGUCAACCCAUCAUGUCUGACCCAUUUGGGAGAUGUGUGAGGUGUCAACUCAUCCCUAUUGACCUGUUCGGGGGUUGUGCAUGGAGAGAAUGGGAACCAAGGGUGGUUGAAACCAUUAACUCUAAGAUGUGUGACCUUUCCCCCACAAUUAGGUUGAGAAUGCGUCCUUUGGGGUGACAACUACCUUUUCUCUUUUCUAUAAGUAAGAUGUAUUUUCUAUUUUGUGAGUACAAUGAAUGAAUAAUACUUUAUUUUCCUUGGCUCUCUCCCUCUCUCUUGAUUUUCUUCUCUCUCCAUCAAAUCUACUCCCCUUUUUUGGUAUCUUUGUUUUUCUUCUAUUAUAGGUGAAACCUUUGUAGAAACAGAUAAGAGUCUAUUGUUGACUGAUGUGACAGUUUUUUUUAUUAAAUCAUGUAAAUUAAAAAUUUAUAAAAUUAGAAAAUAUUAAUUUUUAAUUAGAAAAAAUAAAUGAAUUAUAAUUAGAUAAUAGGUUCAAAAUAUAGUGAAGAAUUUCUAAGUCGAUCACAUAGAUAUAAUAUAAUAUUGAGUAAUAUUUUAAAAGUUUCUAUAAAAAAUAUAUAUUUUUAUAUUUGUUAGUCCAAAUAAUAAAGAUAAAAUAUAUUUAAAAUUCACAAAAAGAGAAAUAAGGGUAUGGAAAUUAGGAUGAUAUUAGUGGUUCGAUGAACAAAAAUUGGAUAGAAAUAUAGUUCUACUUGAUAAUUAUUAUAUAAGUAAUUACAUAUGAUUUAAAUGAUCAAAUUAAAAUAUGUAAAAAAUAAAAUAAUUGUAAUUGAAUGAAGAAUAGUUUUGAAACUUGAAAUCACAAAAAGUAUUACUAAAUUAAGUAAAAAUUAAAUUAAAAGUAGGAAAGAUAGAGUUUCAAUCUUGUAACAGUGAUCAUCAAAAUUUUGUGUGUUCAAGAAGAUUAUUGAGGAAUUACAACCUCAAGGGCUAUCUUUAGAUAUUAAUGAACUAAACAUUUUCUAUAUCUCUUUUUGAAGUUCAGAAAAUGAUGGUGGAAGUUAAAUUAGUUGAAAAUAGUAAAAUAAUUUUUUGGGAUUGUGACAGUGAUAUAUUUAAAUUUUGAGCAUUUAGUGGGACUAUGGUGAAAUGUUUAUAGCCUCAAAGACUCUUCUUAUACAUGAACAACGUGGGCAAUCUCUAGUCCUCUUACGAAGUCUAGAAAUCAAUGAGAUAGGUUGACAAAUCAUCUCUAGUAGUUGUUAAUCAAUGAAGUGGAAAAAUAAUGACUUUACAGAUCUUCGACGGUUGUCACUCGACAGAGAUAAACUAAAUGGAGGUUAGGCGCAAGAACUUAAUUCUCAUGUCUGCAUAGUAAAAGGAUGUGAUAAGUCUUCAUUAUCAUGAGUUAAUAAUUAUAAACUAAUAUAGUUUUAGCCUUAAAUCAUGAUAAAUAAACUUAUAUUUGUGUUAAAGUAUGAAAAGUGGGUUUUAGUUGAUUAACGUGAAUUUUUGAGUAAUUAUGUGAUUUUAUACGAAUUUAUAUGAUUUUUACAAUCUUAAUUUUGAGAUAAAUGAAGAAAAAGAAAUUAAAAUAUAGCAAAAUGGGGGGCCGUGAGUAGGGGUUCGAAUGGCUAGGACCACAAGGGGCACGUGUGCACCACUUCCCUUCCACGACACUAGUGGCCAGCUGGUUGUGGGGUAAGGAGUGGUCGUACACACACGAGAAAGGGACUUACUUGCAAAUGUAAUAUUAUUAUAUAUUCACCCAAAACUUCAGCGCACAAGCGAUGUGGGACUAAACCCGCGUCACACCUUCCCCAAAAAAGGUUCGAUGAUUUUAAUACCUAAAAGACCCCUUAUUUAUAAUAGAGAUAUACCAUGAUGACGUCAUUUGACAAGGGCAUUAAAGUACUUAUGUCAAUCUCUCUCAUGUAGGCAGACAACCAGCGCGGGUUUGAAUCCUCCUAGAGCCAAAACUCAUAUUUUUUAUCUAAUUAUCGCGACUUUCCUGUAGAUUGCUAGUGAAGGAUUAAGCUGCCAGAAUCGUUGGAUCAUCAGCAAAAAUCUCGUUAACGUGAUUCGCAAAGCAUUGUUACUAAAAUUGUUGAACGAUUCACGAUAA